AUGCCUCCCAGAACGAAUACCCGGAGAGUCCGGUCCGGAUCGUCGCAGAAUCUGGCCGGUGUCGGGCCUAGGGCGCAUGCUGGCCCGUAUGAAAAGCUCAUCAAUCGAAUGUACGAGCCGCUCAAGCUCUUACACGCCCUCGAUCCCGUCCGCGGGGGACAAACGGCAUCUGCCGCCCUGCCCUCGCCAAUCACAACACAGCACAUCCACCGGCAGUUUCGCGAUGAUCUUGCAUUUUUGUGCGAGCACGAAAAGGGAGGCGAUGCGUGCACUGUCAGUUCGGGCAACAGCAGCACAGCCCUGUUGGAGACAGCUUCUAAAGAGAUCACCGCAUACUGCACAGCCAACGCACUGUCCAAGAUCAAGAAGACAUGCGCACUGCUGCGCAGCGCCAUCAACAACUGCACGACGAGUUUGGUGGGCGGUACUUUUUCCGGGCAAGAAAAGGCUCUCGCCGGGUGGCUGCAGCAGUUCAAUCAGUCGACUGGCGCGCUCGGUGCUGUCGUUGCCGGUCUGGACUUGUGCCGUCUGGCGUACGACAAGCGCAAAUCGGCCGAAAUGCAGACACUCAAGGCGCUUGCACAGAUGCAGCAGGACCAGCCGCAUUCGGCGCAAUCGUCCCUCCAGUGCUUUUCCCAGGCGUACCAUUACAUAGGUCGCCUGGCAAACCACAUCCGUGUCCACGCCCGGCUUGUCGUCGGCGUGAUGGAUGUCGAGGACAUGUUGCUCAACCCAUUCCACAUUCAAGCGCUGCCGGUUGGCGAUAGCGCCCCAUACCGGGCCUCUCCCACCUCCAUCUCGGGCCGCAUUGCCGUGCGCAUGUGCAAAAGUGACGACACGGAGCUGCUCGCCGAGCUCACAGCCGGCCUCCAGAAGCUGGAGCAGAAGCACCAGCUCACUCAGCGGAUGCAGCUGGACGACGAAUCGUUCAAAGCACCGGGCGUCCAUUCCGAGGUUCAGGUUCUCGAGCAUUUCCAUGCCCAGCGACUGGUCUGGGCAGACAACGGCGACCGCUACAUUGGCUGCAGCAAGGCCGCCUGCUACUGUUGUCACUUGUACUUCCGGCACCACCCGCUGCGGCCCGUCGUGCCGGACUGCCACAACAAGGUGUAUCUCAAAUGGGGCCCACCGCUGCUGGUGGGCGGUGUCGCCCAUCCGGGCUUCAAAGAGCAGCAGACGCUGCUGAACCGGUUCAUUGAGGACGUGCGCAAGGACGCCAUCGAGCAGAUCCGAGAGCGGCGGGGACGGCGACCGUUUUGGCAGGCGGAUUCAGCGACGGCAAUCACACAGACUGUUGCAGGGGACAACGUCGAUGACGGAAACAGAGACAACGACGGGGAUGAUGAGGAUAUUGGUGACGGGCUGUUGAACAGUCGGUUCGAAGACGGAGUUUUGGAUGAAAGCAAAAACGGUGGCGAUGGUACGACAAGCGCAAUGAGCGGGAAAACCUAUAUGUCCGUCGAUGUCAUGAUACGCUCCCUCGUCUCUCUUGAUCUGAACUCGGACCGUUGA